AUGAAUCAUAUUUUUAAACUUUUACCUAAAAUUGGUUUAAAAACCAAUCAAAUCCUUGGUCUUCAUACAAAUGCUACAUUAUCAGCAUGGGUUAAAGCAAAAACUCCAAAAAAGUUUUUAGAAUAUAAUAAGAAGAUAUUUCCCCCUCAAGCAAUCGGAGAUGAACCUAGACCUGCAUUUGUUUGUCAUCAAAAAGCUAACAUUAAAUAUAGCCCAGAAAAGCUUUGGUAUGUGGCCUGUUUAGUCCGUGGUAUGACAGUUGAUGAAGCCGUUAAACAAUUAAGUUUUGUUAAUAAGAAAGGUGCUGUUUUUGUUAAGGAGGCUAUACUUGAAGCACAGGAACUUGCAGUAUCACAACAUAAUGUGGAAUACCGAAGCAACUUAUGGGUGGCUGAAUCCUUUGCAAAUAAAGGCAUGGUUGUAAAAGGUGUACGAAGACACGCAAGAGGACGAAUGGGGGAAGUUCGAUAUACCUAUAGUCAUUAUUUUGUUCGCCUUGAAGAGGGUAAACCUCCCAAAGAUUAUUAUAAAAUAAAUGCAUUAACACCACAAGAACAACUUGAUGCAUGGUUGGAACAAAUGAGAAAACGAAAAAUUAUUAACUCAUAUUAG